AUCCGACAAUCACGCGGAGCCGAAGAGCGAGGCGAGUUUCCGCGCGAUUAAGCGGUACGCGGAUGCGCUGACACAACGCGGCGUGUCGACCCCGAUGGUGUGUCGAACCCCUUGAAGGGCGGAGUAGAGGGGCGCCUUUAGUGGGACACGGGAUCCGCACUAUGUAUCUCCGAGCCGGCUAUAUACAGUCCUGUUUCACUGACGCGCCGCCGGCAGCGUGCAACGGCUCGCGCGAUCGUCGUCGCGACCGGCGCCGGAUCGUCGAUCGAUCCCACCCGGCCGGCCGUGGAUCUCGCGGCAGGAGACCCGAUUGUUCCCAGUCGGCAAUCAUCCUCGGUGCACGACGCUCGACUCGGGGCAGCCGAUGACUCUCCGGAUGCGAUCCUGACGGUCGCCGAGAACGACGAUUGACGCAGACCCGGGAGACUUGGGGAUCGACAUACCGAUCGACGACUGGCGCGUUCUCGAUGGUGAUCGAUCGUCGCAAACUGCAAACGAUCCGAAUGAAGAACGGAUGAGGGGGCUGAAAGCCAUGAACAAGUGAGAUACGGGGAAUAUCGCGGAACAAAAGAGAUAUUAUGCUCCGGUGAGAAACGCAUGUUCGAUCAACGUGAGAGAAGAUGUGAAGAGCGGAAUCGGAUCUCGAUGAGCAGCGUCGUCGCGUCGUGACUUGUUUACGACUCACACGUGAUAAAGAUCGAUAGCAUGAAAAAUGGUGUUCGACGCAAUGUGCGAGGAGCAGAGGAAGCAAUUCUUCAGGCAGAGCUAUGGCGCUCAUUUACCCGGGUACACGGGUCACUGUCCCACCCUCAAAUUUCGCGUUGGAAAGAGAUUCGGGGCGAGCACGGAAGAGAUUAUGAAGGAACUGUUAGAGAAGAAGAUUCUAAAGACUGGACCAUACAGGCCAAAUUCCGGUAGAGAAGCGGAGUUACCAACUCUUCAGGAUAAAGAGAUCAGAAGAGAUUGGAAUAACGAAGCUGGAUCGUACAAGGCACCCCCGUACAUUCUAGGAUAUACCGGAUAUAUUCCUGGCUUCAACAGCAGUUUCGGCCUGUCCUUCAUGAAAGCCGUAGAAGCCGGUGCCAAAGAGUGGCACGAGGCGCAAAUGAAGCUGAGAGCGCAACGGGACGCGAUGAGGGCGCACGCUGAGCGGACAGAUCCGAGAAAUCUUCUAUCCCGAGCGAGGGCGGAUAAUGUGGACAUCGAGAUCGAUCACGGUCAUGGCAAAGACAGAAGGACCUACGAUUAUCAUGUCUCCCCAGAAAGACUGCCGAUCGUCGGUUACACGGGCCACAUUCCGGGAGCGAGAGGAGAGGUCGCGCUUUCCAAGGGGUACGCUCAAGCCGCCCGGAAAGGAUUAGAAGGUGUCCACCGGGAUCGUGAAGAGAGGCUCAGCAGGACCAAGGAUAUGGAUGCUGUUCAGCGAGUCCUCGACAAUGCGUAUCUCGACGAAACGGGACACACGCGUGCAUAAUUCGACGUGGGAAUAUGUUUUCUAACUGCAGCAUACAGAACGAGACAAAAAUGCAUUCAGAGAGGAGGAAACCUGCGAAAAAGAAACAGUUGAAAAUAACAAAUACAACAGAACAAGUAUUAUAAGAAUAAUACAGGAUUAUUUCCAAACAUUGAUAUACAAGUUCCGAAAUUUCGCCAGAUUUUGCUGUACUUAAAGUGUUCCGAACGUUCCGUCUUUAUUUAGCAAAUAUUUGGUGCCUUUUCUCUGGCAGUACCGAAAGUAGUAAAUAAAUAUGAAAGAUUUAUAUUAGGGAAUAAUCUAGUUGCAAAAUUAUUUACGUCUGAAUCAAGAAAAUUACUCCAAAAAAAUGAGGAUUAUUUUUUGUACUCCAGUAUCUCGAGCGGUACGUAAUAGAUUUUGCCGUGUCUUCUAAUUUUCAGACGUAAAUAAUUUUCAAUGGACUAUUCGAGUGUAGAGAAAAAUAAUAUAGCAUUAUUAAAACAUGUAUUCCUACAUGAGAUAGUAAGUUUAUUAAUUUUUGAAGAUGUAUGUAUUGAAAUGUAUUGAAUAUGAGACUCUUAAACCAAGGAGCUCUCCUUAACUAGUCUUCAGAAAGAAGUGUGACAAUCGAGAAACAAACUAGAUUGUUAUUUAGCGAACAGCUACAUGACUCCUUAAACGUAUUUAUUCCAAUAUUUGUCCAUGUAGAAAUAAAUUUACCGCAGAAAUAAAUCUACAAAAUAUGUGAA